AUCGCCGCAACCCUAGCAAUCACAUCGGAACCACGCGCUUUGCCAUCAUGGCCGCCGCGUUCAACCCGUCAGAGGAAGACCUAAUCCGCUACCUCCAGCUCAGGACGCGCCACGGAGGAACCACCCGGGCUGCCCGCCGAGCCAGCUUCUGCCGGAAAUCGACGUGUACGGCGACCUGAACCCGUGGGAGAUGUUCGACAAGACCGUGGUGGGUCACUGGUUCUGCGCUUUCGCCAGGCUCAAGCUCCGGGGACCGACCCGAUUCCACCGCGGCGUCGGCAGGGGAAGCUGGGCCAUGAAGAGCACCCAUAAGGCGGGCGACGGCCAAGGCAGCAUUAUGAAGCGAUUCUUUAUUUACGAGGAGAGGCCCGACGUGGCCUCGCCGGCAGAGGGAGGCGAUGAUGAUGGGCAUUGGAGCAUGCAGGAGUUCUCCCUGGCCGGAGCCAAGGACAACGAUUACGUUAUCUGUAGAGUUAAGAAACGGCCAAAGCACUGAACACGGUGGUUGUAUUCAGGCACGAAGACGUCCUUAUCUUUUAUUCGGGAAAGAGGAUUAUUGAUCAGAAGAUUUAUUUAUGCAUUCUGCCGUCUCAGUCAUUGUUUACUUGUUGGUUCACAAAUAGUUAUAGUUGGCCAUCUUUACAUCAUCCACCACCAUGCCCGCAUAUGGAUCCUCUUUAUAUAUAGCUUAAGUCAGGUCAGGCCAGGCCAGGCCACGCCUUCCCCUUUCUUCUCAUCAACAUCGGAGUGAGUCAAUGUCAAGCUCAAUGCUUCUCGUUCCAUUUUAUCCAGAACUAGUAUGUAACAAACCACUGAAGAUUAA